GCUUCCCAUCAUCCUCUUAUCCUUUACCUCUCCAACAAAAAAGGCCCCAUCAAAGGGCUUGAGAGGGAUUGCAUGACGGCCUCUAAACCCCUCCCAUACAGCAACAAUGCUGCAAAACUCAAGACUACUACAAUCCUCUCCUCAGCAUUUCCAUAAUCCCCCGAAAUUACCCUCGCAGGCUCAAACCCUACCCGACCCCUCGGCUAAUCCCGCUUUUAAACCCGUGAAGUUCUCGCGCCGAGAGCUAGCUCUAUGUGCCAACUCUUCCCUGCUUCUUCUACUUGGCUCCCACUCAUUCGCUAACCCUUCUAAGGCACUAGCAGAAGAAACCCAGGGAGCGAAGAGCUCGAGCCCUGCUCAGAGCUGCAGCGACAAACAGCCUACGAAGAGAGCAUUUCUUGACAUAUCCAUUGAUGGGGAGCCAGCCGGGAGGAUCGUUAUUGGGUUAUAUGGGGAUGAUUCCCCCGCUGGGGCUGCAAGAUUCAGCAAUCUGGUAUCGGGAGCAGCAGGAAUUAGCUAUAGGAGAAAAGAGUUUGUCAAGAUCAUGCCAAACUAUGUCCAGCACAGUGGGGUGAGAUCAUAUGGCGUGGAUGUAGAGCUUGCGAGUAGGACAGGCAGCGAUCUAACGAAUCAGAAUCUAACUGAAGAGUGGGAAAGGGAGUUUGAGAAAUGCCCAGGGACGAAAAAUUUGGCAGGGACAGUUGGAAUUAUUGUGAGGAAUCCUUCAAAGCCGCCUCCAAACUUGAAGUUGGUAGCUAGGCAGGGGAAGCUGGAGAUUGAUCAGGAGGAAGUUGUGAAGGACCCAAAUGCGACGGAGUUUGUGAUUUCUAUUAAGGAUUCACCGGAGCUUGAUGCUUCGACCCUAGUGAUCGGGACGGUGUUGGAAGGAAUGGAGGUUGUUAAGCGGAUUGGAGAAGUCAAAACUGUGAACGAGAAUACCAGUUCUCCAUAUUUCAGGGUUGCCAAGCUGAUCGGAGAUAAGAGGGCAGUUGUAGCAGAGAGAGGCUUCAACCGUCCUUACUCGAAGGUUCUGGUCACAAACUGCGGCCUGGUGGAGUGACAAAAGACACUGAUGGAAUAGUUCCCCAGUUUUCCGAGCAGAGAGAAUUAAAUUCAUGUAAUAAAAAGGAUAUGACUACUAUCACCGGAAAAGCUCAUUCGUUAGAGAGUCUAAAAUUGUUGAGUUUCUAGCCUAUGAGCCUCGUCAUGGAAUUAUAUUGAAACCCCCAACAAGGGAAAGAUACUUUUCCUCA